AUGACGUAUAGGGAGCUUUACCAGAAUCUGUUCGAUGCACAUGUUGUGUUCCCAUUUUACCUAAAACCCAUGCAACCUCCAUUUUCCAAGUGGUAUGACGCAAACGCGCAAUGCGAAUACCAUGCAGGAAUCUCGGGACACAUGAUUGAGAACUGCACUGCUUUCAAAAAAUUAGUUGAAAGGUUCAUAAAGAUGGGCAUUGUAAAGUUCGAUGAUCCCACAGGACCUAAUGUGGCAGGGAAUCCGUUACCCAAUCAUUCAGACAAAGCGAUAAACGCGAUAAUUGAAAAUGGAAGGAAGAGAGCCAAGAUAGACGUAGCAGAGGUGAAGACUUCGUUGAGAUGGGUUUGGAAGAAAAUGGUGGAAGAAGGUUUAGUUACACAAGAUUUAGGGGAAAAGCCUAAAGGAGCAAAGUACUACUAUGAAUUCCACGACGAGGAGGGGCAUGAGAUCCAAAAGUGCAAUGAAUUCAGGGCACUGGUACAGAGAUUAAUGGAAAAUAAAGAGAUUGGAUUCUUUGAGUAUACUGAGAGCCUAGAAGGAGAAGAUGUAUGCGUUUCAGAAGGAGGAAUCAGUGAAGUGGAAGUACCGACUGUGCCAAAGGUCAUAAUCCAAAAGCCCAUUGCUUUCCCUUAUAAAGAUAGCAAGAAUGUGCAUUGGAACUAUGACUGUAACGUGACAAUCCCGGAAAAGAAAAACCCAGUUGGCACUUCAGAGGAAGGUCAAGAUGAAGGUUUCUAUACACGAAGUGGAAGGCAUUAUACCCCGAAUACAAAAGCAGAAUCAGUUAAAGGAAAAUCCGUGGUUGUUGAACAAAGAAGGGAAAAGACAACCAGACCAGAAUCACCUGUCAAUGAGCCUGUGACUGAAAAAGAGGCUAAGGAAUUCUUAAAAUUCUUGAAGCACAGUGAGCAUAGCGUUGUGGAACAGUUGCACAAACAGCCAGCUCACAUAUCGGUACUAGCCUUGCUCUUAAGCUCAGAAACAUACCGCAGUGCAUUGAUGAAAGUGUUAAAUGAAACAUAUGUUGCGGAUGAUAUCUCUAUUAACAAACUCGAUCGUCUGGUCAAUAACAUCAGUGCUGAUAAUUUUAUUUUCUUUAAUGAUGAUGAAAUACCACCGGGAGGUAUGAGAUCUACAAAGGCCCUGCAUAUCACCACUCGUUGCAAAGGACACGUGUUUCCGGGGGCACUGAUUGAUAAUGGAUCAGCGUUGAAUGUCCUGCCCUUAUCCACAUUAAAUAGAUUGCCAGUGGACAGCUCUAACAUGAAGACAUGUCAAAACAUAGUAAGAGCAUUUGACGGUACUGAAAAAAAAGUGAUGGGAAGAAUCGAGAUACCUCUCUUGAUUGUCCCAAAUACAUACGAGGUGGACUUCUUGGUAAUGGAUAUCAAGCCUUUGUAUAAUUGCCCGUUGGGGAGGCCGUGA